AAACAGUUGUUACAGCACAAUCAGCGCGUGCGCAUACUAUAAAACUGUCGAUCUCAAAUAGUGCACUUCCAAUUUUCUUAUCGUACGAACAUGCUGAGUCAAGUUUGAAGAAAUGUAUUCGUUUUUAACUUUACUUUUGAUCUUAGUAUAUUACAUAGCAGUAGAACAUCAUUUUAUAUCUGCUAUUAACAAUAAGAAUAUCGUAUUAAUGCCAUGGAUGGGAGUUUUGAUUUAUAAACCAGAUAAUCACUCAUUAGAAGAAGUCACUAAUAUUGUGAUGGUGGAACAACAAAUAGCUAUAGGGAACGCAAAAGACAUAGCGGCCGUGGACGAGGAUUCACUAAAGACGUUUGCUAAAGCGAUGUUUUACACCACGGAAGGCAAUCAAUGGUUUUGCGGCAUCCUUGGUUAUAAAUUACAUCCUGAAUUUAAGCAAGGUUCUCUGAAUACAAUAGCUAUCCUAUAUUUGGAUAGUGCUACUGACCCAUACCUAUGGAAACCAAUUAAGUUGAUGGUAAAAAAUGAAAAAAUCAGCAAGUGGAGUAACGUCUUCAGUGUCGGAUAUACAGACCGUGACAUGGUUCUGAAACAAGAAAUGUUUGCUUUAGAGUAUGUUAGUAGAACUACGUGCGAAGAAUUUUAUAUAAAGGAAGAGAUAAAUUUUGAUUAUCUGUGGCCAACGAAUGCACUGUGCUACAAAGUCUUAAGCGCCAGAAAAACGUGCGUAAAUGAUGCUGGGAUGGUUCUGGCCAGCAAUCUCACUGAUGGAUGGGUUUUGACGGGUUUAAGUACUCAAGGACCAGGAUGUUCACUGCCAGCAAGGUAUAUAAAUAUCUUUCCUUACGUGAACUGGAUAGGAGAAAGUACUGGAGCGACAAAAGUAACUCGACGGUCUAGUUACUAUAAAGGAGCCAUCGACCCCUUCGCGCCUGGGUAUAAAUCAUUUAUUGAUAUGUUCUUCAAUAAAAUUAAGAAACCACAUAUAUCACCUGUGCUACCUGAAUUGGCGAAUAAAACUGAAUUAGUUUAUGGAUGUGGAUAUUACGCUAAUCAGGAGACAAUUAUAUACCAGGAAACUGUCAUCAUUAAUACGAAAAAUCCUUUAGGUGUUGGAGUAUUCGCAAUGUUAUUGUUCGACAAUAACUUCAAAGCAGUAUCUUGCCUCAAGCUGUAUACGCUUUGUAAGGCAAAGAGCGCAAAUACUGGUUAUAGUUAUCAGCGACCCCAUAAUUCACAAGCCCAAUUGUUCGCGAAAAGUUAUCCAGCAAGAAUAAGAGAAAAAGUAAGACACAACAGCUACUUGAUGAUCACUGAUGCGGCCCACAAGAACGUUACAACAUUCCACUUUGAAUUUAAGUUCCAAUACGAUAGAAUGGCUAUGUUUAAUUUGUCUUUCUACGGGGACUACAACGGUACGCAGAGCUAAGAUAAUUAUGUUCCUCCGUGAAGUCAAUAUUGGGCCCUAUUUUAAAUCAGCGCUACCGUCAUUAAGUACAGCAUCAGUUAACUGAAACAGGAACCUAAUUUAACUUCACACCAAUUUAAAUAAAACUAGUUUUACGGAUUUUA